AUGCUCGCCUUCACGCUACCCGCCCUACUCCCUCUCCUAGUCCCCGUCUUGGCGCUCGCGGACUUGACUAUCGCUACGGACCCCGCCCCGGCUGACCCCACCGACCUUUACAACGGCGACUUCAUCGCUCCUGAUCUGACCUUCCGCAAGGCCAACGCCCGAGACGACAGUCAAGCCACGUUCUCCGGCGCCCGCAGUACACUCUCGGUCUGCGGUGACUACAAGCCGAGCGACUUUGGACAGAGCUGCACUACCGCUGCUGAUCCCGACGGUCCAGGUGGGACGUGCUGCACCGACUCGCCAGGUGGUCUUUUUGCGCUCACCCAGUUCUGGGACGCCGAUGAGACUUCGACCGGACCCAACAACUCUUGGACUAUACACGGUCUCUGGCCCGACAAAUGCGACGCUACAUGGGAGGAGUAUUGCGGCCGAAACCUCACCACCAUCCGCUCUAUUCUCGUCGACAACGACCAGACUGAUCUCUUGAGCUACAUGGACAUCUACUGGAAGAGCGACAGAAACGGUGACGACUACUUGUGGACACACGAAUGGAACAAGCACGGAACCUGCAUCUCCUCGCUCAAAAAGGCCUGCUAUACCGAGCCUCGCGAAAAUGCUGGGCUCGUCACAUACUUCCAGCGCGCCGUCUCCACUUUCCAGUCUCUCCCUACAUACGAUUGGCUCGCUGCAGACGGCAUCGUCCCCAAAUUGAACGCCACCUAUACCCGCGCCCAGAUCCUCUCGGCGCUCACGAAGGCGUACGGCUUCACGCCCGUCAUCAAAUGCCGGUCCGGCGCGCUAAACGAGGUGUGGUACUAUUACAACUCCAAGGGCGGGGUAGUCGAUGGGUCUAUGAUCAAGACAGACGCUGUUGGUUACGCCGGUAACUGCAAUCCUACCGGCAUCCGCUACAUGCCGAAGUAUACUGUCAGUCCCGGGCCUAGGCCUAAUCCCCCAACCACCGACCCCACUGUCCCGGCGAUCAUCGGUGCUCCACUUUCCGCUGCUGGCAUCCGAGGCUUUGUCUACCCGACCUACAGCAAUGAUACUCGGGAGAACCGAGCUUGCGCCUGGUACAAGGGCACCUGCGCGGGCUACACUUCCGUCAAACCUCCUGCAGACUCCCCCGCCGGCUCCUUUCAACUCAAAACCAAUGGCGGCCUCUGCGGUAUCCUCGAUACGGACAAUCGCCUCAGCUGUGCUGAUACCUUUACCGCCGAUACCGCCGCCGUCUUCGAGUUCGAUGACAAGGGGAAGAUGAGCAUCGCGGGCGGGGAGGCGUUUGGGAGUGCCAGGGUGCCCGGGACGGAGCAGGUGCCGGUCUUCUGGGGGUCAGCGCAGGCGGUGAAAUUCUCUUUGGUCUAUGCUCCGCAGUGA